CCAUGGGUUGGUGGGGUGGGAAGGAGCCCUAAAGGUCAACCAUGGGUUGGUGGGGUCGGAAGGAGCCCUGGAGGUCAACCAUGGGUUGGUGGGGUCAGAAGGAGCCCUAAAGUUCCACCAUGGGAUGGUUGGGUUGGAAGGAGCCCUGGAGGUCAACCAUGGGUUGGUGGGGUCUGAAGGACCCUAAAGGUCAACCAUGGGUUGAUGGGGUCGGAAGGAGCCCUGGAGGUCAACCAUGGGUUGGUGGGGUCGGAAGGAGCCCUGGAGGUCAACCAUGGGUUGGUGGGGUCGGAAGGAGCCCUGAAGUUCCACUGCGGGGUGGUUGGGUCAGAAGGAGCCUCAAAGGUCAACCUUAGAGCCAGAAGACCCUAAGAGUGGUUUGGGUUGAAGGCCCUUGUCCCUCUUCAUUGCUGGCUUGGAGCUUUGGGGUCCUUCCCGACCCACAGCGCCCCGUGCCGCCCGCAGGACGCGCUGCGCAGCUCAGGCAGCGACGGGAUGGGGCAGAUCUCACUGGAGUUCUACCAGAAGAAGAAAUCCCGUUGGCCCUUCUCGGAUGAGUGCAUCCCCUGGGAGCUGUGGACCAUCAAAGUGAACGUGGUGAACCUGGCCAACGAGCAGGAGAGGCAGAUCUGCCGCGAGAAGGUGGGCGAGAAGCUGUGCGAGAAAAUCAUCAACAUCGUGGAGGUGAUGAACCGCCACGAAUACCUGCCCAAAAUGCCCACCCAGUCCGAGGUGGACAACGUCUUCGACACCAGCCUGAAGGACGUGCAGCCCUACCUGUACAAGAUCUCCUAUCAGAUCACCGACACGCUGGGCACCUCCGUCACCACCACCAUGCGGCGCCUCAUCAAGGACACGCUGGCUCUGUAGGGCCCGGGGACGUGGGGCGCGUCCCCCCGAGCUGCUUCCCACCUUUUGGAGCUCUUUGGGAUCCUCCGUUCCCUCCUCUCUGCUCCUGAGAGGCUCCGUGAGGAGCUGGGCUGGCCCUGCCCCCCUAAUUGUGGGGUGCUGCUCCCGUGCUGCUCACCUGGUCCGAGGAACCGGCUCGGCAGCCCCCAGGGUGGGUGAGUGGUUGCCCCGCAUCCUGCCCCACACCCUGCCUUCCUCUGGGGCAGAAAUAAAUUAUUUCCCUUUUCCCA